AUGGCAGGCCGCUCCUGGCGCGAGGUCAAAGACGUGCUGCUCAAGAUCACGCCCGUCUGCACGUCCCACGACGCUAACGGCAUAGACGUCUACUUUCUCAACGCGCGCAAUCCCGCCGCUUCCUCCUCAAGAUUAGGCGAUAACCCGGCGAGCGGGUUUUGCAAUAUCACAACAGACAAGCAAGUCGAGAAGCUAUUUAAGAGCGUCCGCCCGGGGGGCGCCACGCCGCUAGGGACACGAAUCAACGCCAUCCUCAAGCCCUAUCUAAGAGAGUAUGAGCGGCAGAUCGCACGGACAGGCAACCCCGAGUCGUGCGGCGUCAAGCCCGUCAACAUGAUCGUCAUCACCGACGGCGCGCCGACCGACGACCCGGAGUCGGUAAUUAUUUCAAUCGCCAAGAAGCUGGAUGCGCUCGAGGCACCGCCGUAUCAGGUCGGGAUCCAGUUUUUCCAGGUUGGAAACGAUCCCGAGGCGACCAAGGCGUUGAAGGAGCUGGAUGAUGGGCUGUCAGAGCAGGGGGGCGGGAUUAGGGAUAUGGUUGAUACAGUUUCGUGGGAGGGCGGCGAGGGCGAGAGGGUGCUGUCGGCGGAUGCGAUCCUCAAGGUGGUGCUGGGCGCGGUGGUCAAGAGGUUAGACCGGAGGAGGCUGAGUGGCGAGUCGAGGAGGAGGAAUCAUCUGGCGCCGUAG